GGGACAUCCCUGUGCCCAAUUAGAAAAUUUAUAUAUAUGUCAACAAGAAGAAAUUAAGUAUAAUCCUGGUGAAGACUGUGUCUCAAGUCUGAUCUUAGGAAAACAGGCACAAUGCCAAUUAGUACCAGUGGAACCCGCAGAAAGAGUAUUUAACCGAGUCAAUGACUUUGAAAUCAAAAUGUCCAGAUGAAGAGUAUUUUACUGUCCUAGGCAGCACUUUAGUAGAAGUUCCUGUAAACUGCAAUAUAGAAUAUCAAGACUACCGUUUUGGAAACAGACAGCAAAAGGCCAUUGGAAAGCCCUUAGUAUUACCUUCAAUAGCUAAAAAUUCAUCAGUGGAAUUAGCCAACCUGAAACUAAGACCACUGAAAUCAGGAAAAAUUCCAUUGGAAGAUAUGCACGAAAUCCCAAAACACAUACAGACUACAAAUCAAUUGGUGAUGGAAGACAUGAAACCGAUUGAUCAAUCCAAUUGGUCGCUAUGGCUAACGAUCACAGUAAUAUUAGCCGUUGUCGCCGUCCUUACUUCAAUCAAGUUUUUGAAGAAGAAAUUGAAGAAACACAGGAAGCCUCAACAAGCCGCUCCGCCUGGUUUCGCCGAGGAAACAGCUGUUGCAAGCGCCAGAGUCUUCCAAUCAGAAGUGACAGCCACCUCAAUGAUCAAAGAGGAAGUCGGAGGGUUCAAACCCCAAGGAGUGGUCGGAUAUGUCGGAAUCACCAAGCCCAAAAAUCCCAUCAAACCCAAUAAUUUGAAUAAGAAAUAGCCAGGCACCAAUCCUAGGUUCUAAUCCAACCCGUAUACAUCCCUGCUAUUUGUAUUUCUCACCUUGAUUUACCAUUUAAUAAUGAAUGUGUUUUUUAUUAAAUAUGUGAUUUUGAACCUUUUUUAUUUUAUUGGCAAGCUCAAAUAUACUAUCAAAC